ACACCCUGCAGUCUGGUGAAGUUCCUCUGCAUUCCUACCAUACAUACUGUACACACACACACACACACGCACGCACGCACACACACACACACACACGCACACACACGGCUAUGAUGACUGCUGGCUGAGAGGGUGGGUGUUGUUGACCUGUAGGACUGCAGAGAACCUCUUCAUUCAGGACCUGCCAGGGUCAUCAUGAGUAAGGCACAACGUGAUGACCAGCAGCCUGAUGAAAAACCUGCAAGUACUCUAUCUGCCGGACUAGGAUGGACCAAGGUCAGCUGCCCGUGUUGUCUGUCUGAGGCGGUAGAGCCGUUGGUUCUGGUGAAACUUGGGGAAGAAGUCCGUCCUGAGACCAAAAGGUGGAUCAUCAGACUGAUUGGAGCGCCCCAGAAAGAAGGCGGAGCCGCAUUACUGGCCCACCCUGGUGAAGAUGCCAGCGGUGACAUCAUCGUGGUGUCGGCCCCACGCUGCACAUUACAGCGAGCCGCCGAGGAGUUGGGUUUGUGCAAGACGUACUGCACCGGAGAAAUGGAGAACUUCUCAUACGAAGACAGAGACAACUUUCGACACUCAGACAACAUGGAGUCCUUCCUGACGCUGGCUGAGAGACAGUACAUAGUGAAGUAUGAGCUGGAGGGUCUGCAUGCACAGAGAGAUGUGAGGAUUCCUGGUCUGGCUGACAAGUUCACCCUACAUCACAGAGAUAACAUCUGGCGCAAGUUAAACUCGGCCGGCGUGGUUGUGGACACUUUCCCUCUUCACAAGCGGCAACAACUGAAAAAGCUCAGUGAGACGUGGUACUCUGGCAAUCAGCUGUCUCAACCGCUGGAUUCAGUCAAUGCAUAUUUUGGAAGCUCAGUGGGUUUUUACUUCAGCUUCCUUGAUUUCUACACCUGGUCUCUGCUGCCCCCUGCCAUUGUGGGCCUGUCAAUCACAUACUUCUCGAGUGACGUUCAGAAGGAGGUGGUGGAGUCAGUGUCUGGCUCGCAGGUGGAGAACCACGUAGAGGACACAGGACUCCCCAUCAGCGGUCACAUGGUCCAGGCGGUGUUCAGCAUGCUGUGGUCCACCGUGGUCAUGGAGCUGUGGAAGCGUCGCAGCUUCUCCCUGUCCUACCGCUGGGGGACACUUCACCUGGCUGAGCGCUUUGCGGAGCCACGACCUGGUUUUCAUGGUCACCUGGGGGUCAACCCUGUCACGGGUCGUGUGGAGCCUCUGUUUCCCGAAUGGCAGAAAGAUCUCCGGAUGGCACUGGUCUCAGUCCCUGUGGUCGGAAUAUUUCUGGGCCUGGUGGUCCUCGGCAUGCUGUGCUUCUACUGGGCAGAGGACCAGGUGCAGCAGCUCCACCUGGGCUGGGACUCGCUGGUGUCCCAGACCUUGCUUUAUGUGCCCUCUGUGCUCCACAUCCUUUACACAAAUGUGCUGGCCACGUUUUACAAAACAGUAGCAGCGUCUCUGACUGAAUUUGAGAACCACAGAGAAGAGUCUGCCUUCCAGAACCAUCUAACAGCCAAAGUCUUGGUGUUCACGUUCUUCAACUACUUUGCAGUUCUCUUCCACAUUGCAUUUGUCAAGCAAGAUGUUCCUUUGCUCCGCAAGCGUCUGGCCUCGUUGCUGAUCGUGACCCAGCUGGUGAACCAGCUGACAGAGGUGGUAGUACCAUUCCUGGUGGACCGCUUUGUUAGCGCCCCCCAUAGGACGGAGAGUGAGGACGACCCGCAGGAGGACAAAUUUAGAAACCAAAUCACGCUGCCAGUUUUCCCUGGUUUAUUUGCAGAAUACAUUGAGCUGCUGGUGCAAUUUGGCUAUUUGAGUCUGUUCUCUUGCGUCUACCCUCUGACGGCCGUGCUGCUGCUCAUCAACAACGUGACAGAGAUCCGCACCGACGCCUACAAGAUCUGCAAACUCUUCCGCAAGCCUUUCUCCGCCCCCGCGGCCAACAUGGGUGUGUGGCAGAUCGCCUUUGAGAUCCUGAGCUUCAUGGCGGUGGUGUCAAACUGCUGGCUGCUGACGCUCUCGCCGCUGUCACUAAAGAUGCAAGUGGAGGGCGAGAUGAGCAGCACCAACAUCGUGCUGAUGGCCGUGCUGGCCGAGCACCUGCUCAUGCUCAUCAAGCUGAUGAUGGCAGCCGUCAUCCCGGACGAGCCAGCAUGGAUCAGAACAAAGAGAGCCCACAUGGAGUACACUUCCAUGCAGGCUCUCAGGCAGCAGACCAUGUCUACUGACGAGUCCUGACUGUGUUUCAAAAGCCCAGGCUGUGGAUCAACGUGAUGCAAGAAGAACAAUAAUUGAGCUCGAACAGCACAAAGCUCUUGUUUGCUUUUAAGGGUGCCAUUUUUCAUCUUUGGAAAUAGGAAAUAGGUUGGCUGGCAGCAGUUCCUCGGUCAAGGGUCGGCUCAGUUUAUUUCAAAUAAGAUGUAUACAUAUAUUUAAGUCCACCCCAUACACAAAUGUGAGUAUAUAGUGUGUACAAUGCAUCCGGCGCUUUACUUUUUUCAAAUUUUUUUAUGUUACACAGCCUCAUUCCAAAUAUUGAAUAAUUUCAUUUUUUCCUCAAAAUUCGACACACAAUAGCUCAUAACUGCAAUGUGAAAAGGUUAUUAUUUAAGAUUUGUUUGCACAUUUAUUACCAUUGAAAAACUAAGAAAUCCCAUGUGCAGAAGUAUUUACAGCCUUUACCAUGAAGAUCAAAACAUCAUUGAGAUGUUCCUACAGCUUAAUUGGAGUCCACCUGUGGUGAACUCUGUUGUUUGGACAUGGUUUCAAGGCAGAGAACAAACCAAGAAUGAAGUCGAAGGAAUUGUCUGUAGACCUCCGAGGCACGAAUCUGGGGAAGGGUACAGAAACAUAUCUGCUGUCUUGAAGGUCCUAAUGAGCACAGUGGCCUCCAUCAUCCGUUAAUGGAAGAAGUUUGGAACCACCAGGACUCUUCCAAGAGCUGGCUGACCGUCUAAACCGAGAAGGGCCCUAGUCAGGGAGGUGACCAAGAACCCGAUGGUCACUCUGUCAGACCUACAUCCUUCCAGAAGGACAACCAUCUCUGCAGCAAUCCACCAAUCUGUAUGUUUAGCGUGGCCAAACGGAAACCAUUUCUUAGUAAAAAGUUUGCCAAACUGCACCUGAAAGACUCUCAGACCAAGAGAAACAAAAUUCUCUGGUCUGAUGAGACAAAGAUUGAACUCUUUGGCAUCACCAGGCCAAUACCAUCCCUACAGUUAAGCAUGAUGGUGGCAGCAUCAUGCAGUGGGGAUGGUUUUCAGCGGCAGGAACCGGGAGACUAGUCAGGAUAGAGGGAAUUAUGAAUGCAGCAAUGUACAGAGACAUCCUGGAUGAAAACCUGCUCCAGAGCCCUCUUGAACUAGGACUGGGGUGACGGUUCCUCUUUCAGCAGGACAACGACCCUAAAGACACAGCGAAGACAUCAAAGGAAUGACUUCAGGACAAUUCUGUAGAUGUCCUUGAGUGGCCCAGCCACAGCCCAGACUAGAAUCCCAUUGAACAUCUCUGGAGUGAUCUGAAAAUGGCCCAACCUGAUGGAGCUUGAGAGGUGCUGCAACAGAACAAAAAUAAACAAAGAUAGGUGUGCUGUCAUGAUCCGUGGCCCGGAUCAUGUUUUGCUUAGUCAUGUUCUGUUAGUUUUGGACUCCAUGAGUUCCUGUUUUGUUCACCUCAGGGUUUGUUUUGGUUACCAUGGGUACUGAAUGGGUUCACCUGCCUCUGAUUAGUGUUCGGCACGUACACCUGCUACCGAGCACUAAUCAGAGAGCUACUUAUUCACGUUUCUCGCCAUGCUCAGUCUGGCUUCGUUGUUUGCUGUAUGCAACAGUUGUUUUCUAGCUAAUGAUUCCUGUGCUAAGUUUUGUUUCCUUAGCUUCUCGUGCGAUCAGCACACUUUCCUUUUGUUUGUUUCCUGUCUUUUUGUAAUGUGUAGGAUUUAUGACAGUAAAUCAUAUUCCUACCUUCGUCCGGAGUUGCCCGUCUGCAUCUUGGAUGAACGACCCCAUAGUAAGAAGCGACCCCCACGUGACAUGCGCUAAGCUUGUGGCAUCACGUUCAAAAGGACUCGAGGCCGUGAUUGCUGCCAAAGGUGCAUCAACAAAGUAUUGCGCAAAGGCUGUGAAUACUUAUGUACACGUUUUUUUAUUUUCAAUGUGUGUGCAUGUGUGUUACGGACAGCAAAGCCCUGUCUGUCUGUUAUUUCACUUUACCUUUUUCUGUGUUGAUUGAGCUGUGUUGAAGCAGCAAAAAGGGACGGUAUAGCUCGGUUGGUAGAGCGGCCGUGCCAGCAACUUGAGGGUUCCAGGUUCGAUCCCCGCUUCCGCCAUCCUAGUCACUGCCGUUGUGUCCUUGGGCAAGAUGCUUUACCCACCUGCUCCCAGUGCCACCCACACUGGUUUAAAUGUAACUUAGAUAAUGGGUUUCACUAUGUAAAGCGCUUUGAGUCACUAGAGAAAAGCGCUAUAUAAAUAUAAUUCACUUCACUUCAAAAAAGGACAUUAUGUUAAAUGAAGAGUUUCUGUCUCUGAUAGUUGAUAUAAUAAUGUGCAUCAUUAAGCCUACAUGAACUCCACGGUGUUCAGUGAUGAAUAGUCUCUCCUAUUGCUAUUGUACUAUUUUUUCAGCUAUACCCUAUUUUUCGGACUAUAAGUCGCUCCGGAGUAUAAAUCGCACCGGCCGAAAAUGCAUAAUAAAGAAGGAAAAAAACAUAUAUAAGUCGCACUGGAGUAUAAGUCGCAUUUUUGGGAAAUUUAUUUGAUAAAACCCAACACCAAGAAUUGACAUUUGAAAGGCAAUUUCAAAUAAAUAAAGAAUAGUGAACAACAGGCUGAAUAAGUGUACGUUAUAUGAGGCAUAAAUAACCAACUGAGAACGUGCCUGGUAUGUUAACGUAACAUAUUAUGGUAAGAGUCAUUCAAAUAACUAUAACAUAUAGAACAUGCUAUACGUUUACCAAACAAUCUGUCACUCCUAAUCGCUAAAUCCCAUGAAAUCUUAUAUGUCUAGUCUCUAGCUAAAUAAUAUUAUUUGAUAUUUUAUGGUAAUGUGUUAAUAAUUUCACACAUAAGUCGCUCCUGAGUAUAAGUCGCACCCAAUCUAUGAAAAAAAAUGCGACUUAUAGUCCGAAAAAUACGGUAUUAAAAAAAAAACCAAAAAAAAAAUGUUUUCACAUUGUCACUGUUCGGUAUUGUGUGUAGAAUUUUGAGGACCAAAAAAAAUAUUUUGGGAAUUCUGGAAUAAGGCCGUAACAUAUCAAAAUGUAGAAAAAGGGAAGCGCUGUAAAAACGUUCCGCAUGCACUGUAUUCUGUAUACUUAUAAAGAAAUGCCAUAAUAGAAAGGCCAAACUGCAACACUAUAACAUUCUUGUCUACGAAAGCUAAAAAUGUUUGUGGCUUCUGCAACAACGCUGUGAGCAAACUGGAUGCACGUUACGCAUCAAACUGUCUGCUGUACAGCACAGUAGAUGCCUUUUAAAAGACAUUCUGCUCAAAACAUUGUAUUGCUCAAGGGGAUCAACACGUUUAUCAAACUGAACAGUAAGAGAAUGACUUAUUUGAUGGUUUGUUGGUACCCAAAAAGAAAGAUUUGCAUUGAGAGCAAUGAGGAAAAACAAACCACUUGUGCUUUGCUGUGUUCUAUGCUAUUCAUACUGUAUUGUGCCUCGAGUGACUGCUUGACUGUGCAGUGUUAGCCACUAAUCAUCUACCUUCAUGUAAGUGCUGGCAGAUAAACAAACCAUCAUCCAUACAGCAUAUAACAAUGUGUAUUUAUAACAGAGGCCAGCAGGAGGCACUGUUUACACGCUGCAUGUAAUGUACUUUCAAUGAAGAUGUAAAGAGAAGUUUAAUGCUUGUAUCACAAUAAAGUCACAACAAGCUAUG